ACGGUUUUUUUUUGUAAUAUGUGAUUCUGUCACAUUGUAUGUCACCACUGGUUUGUGUAUGCUCCGGAAAAAGAAGAUUCCCCCCAAAAAAUCAAGGUCAGUUCAUGUCAGGCGCCUUGCAAUGCGCGCGAACCUCAGCGCCCUCCCAUUUAUGUGCACGUCUCACUUGGUCCUUCCUCCUCCGCCCCCUGGUGGCCAAACACGCACAUGAAACCACGCCACUUGAAUUCAAGUCGCACGUGCUGCCUGUCUGUCUGUCUGACUGACUGUCUGUCUGUCUGACUUCACCGCCGGCCAACUCCGCCGCCCGGCAGAAGAAGCCUGAAGACGAUGAUGAUGGCGAUGGGGCGACUGUGCGCAUGUGCGGCAGGGGCAGCAUGAGUGCUGGUGGAUGCGUCCACCAUGGACCUUCUGUGGCGGAUCCUCGCCGCGCUCAGCUUUGAUUGCUUCAAGUCGUCGUCGUCGUCGUCUUCGUCCUCAUCCGCCGGCAAGCAAAGCAGCAGCCAGCCGGGUAGCCUGGACAGCAGCUCGCUGACGGGCUCGCUGUCGCUGGGUCCCGACGCGCCGCAUUGCCAGUGCUGCAUCACCUACGAGGCCCGCCUCAAGCGGCUGUCGUGCGGCCACCUCUACUGCGACGCCUGCUGCCACCACAUCGUCAACUUGGCCUUCCGGGACAUCGAGGGACUCUCGGACUACCCGUGCCCCAUGUGUAAGUCCCUCAACCAGCUCGGGGGCCGAGGAGCCUCAUCUUUGUCGUCGUCAGGAUGCUUCUGUGGCCCCCAUGUCGGGCGGGCGGAGCCCGUCGGCUGGUGGGGGCGACGCCCGGCCAAAGCGCCCCUUCCUGGGACGCACUUGCAAGAGAGCCUCCUCCAGAAUGACUGGUGACUUUUCUAGUCCUUGAUCUCACUUGGAUCCACUGAAAGCGGAAAGGCCGGCCGGGGUCCCUCUGGGGAGUGUUCGAAGUACCCGAAGAGUCACACAAAUUGUGUAUAUUUUGUGUUACAUUUCCUUGUUUGUGAACGAGUUGAAACAUUUUACAGAUGGACCUGAUGCCCGUUUACAAAACGUCAAAGUUCACCUGUAAAAGGUUCUUUUUUUUUUUUACGAGAUUUGUAUAUGUCUGAGCAUUUUUAAGUUUUCAUUUCAAGUUUGCACACGUUUGCGUCCCGUUGUGACCAAAAACAAACGCCGAUUGUACAGUAAGUGCCGUGCUACUUUUUAACUGUUCCAGAUCAUAUUUAUUUUCUUUAAGAAAAUCAAAAACAAACGAAUAAAGUUUGUGAGCUGUGUGUUGCACAAGUCUAA